AUGUCAGGCUGGAUUCAAAGGCAGAUACACUCUCCCUAUGUGCAGUUGGCAGGUGUUGCAGUUCUGUCCGGUGCAGCUGUUGCUGGUGCCAUUUUUGGAUAUCAGUCCAUGAAGAGACAAGCAGCAGUACAGAAAUUGAAAGCGUCCAUUCCGGAACUUGACGAGCAGUAUACAACACAGAAGUUGAAGCUCACAGGAUUCGGACUAGCAACGCCGCCGAACCCUAGUAAAGAAGAUGAACGAGGUACUACUCUUGCUCGAAGAGCCCAAGCAGGAGACUAUGAUGAUGAUUUAAUCCUAGAACAACUUGCUCGAAAUCGCGUCUUCCUUACCGAAGAUGGAUUAGCAAAACUUCGUUCCUCCUUCGUAAUAAUUGUGGGAUGUGGUGGCGUCGGCUCUCAUGCUGCCGCAGCCCUGGCGCGCUCUGGAGUGUCCCAGAUCCGUUUGAUAGACUUUGAUCAGGUCACCCUUUCGUCAUUAAAUCGACAUGCUGUUGCAACUCUUUCAGAUGUGGGCACGCCAAAAGUCCAAUGCAUGCGAAAGAGGCUGGAGCAAAUAGUGCCUUGGGUCCGGUUUGACUGCCGGGAUGAACUGUAUAGCCAAGCCGCCGCGGAUACUUUACUAGGCCCGUGGAACAUGCAAGGUGACAAGGUGACGUGGAAGCCAGACUAUGUUCUGGACUGUAUUGAUAACAUUUCGUCCAAGGUCUCCCUCCUUCACUACUGCCAUUCCCACAACAUCCCCGUCAUUUCUUCCAUGGGCGCAGGAUGUAAAUCCGACCCCACUCGCAUCGCAAUAGGCGAUAUCUCCUUGAGCGCCGAGGAUCCUCUCUCCAGAAGUACGCGGCGUCGAUUGAAGACACUUGGGGUAAGCUCAGGAAUUCCAGUGGUUUUCUCUACCGAAAAGCCCGGUCCUGGAAAGGCUGCCUUACUGCCUCUGGCUGAGGAAGAGUUUGCGAAAGGGGAGGUUGGCGAACUCGGUGUUCUCCCCGAUUUUCGGGUGCGAAUACUCCCCGUCGUCGGCACGAUGCCAGCUGUAUUUGGAUAUACCCUCGCCAACCAUGUUAUUUGUGAAAUAUCUGGAUAUCCCAACGAGUACAACGCGGGUGCCAAAGGCCGAGAAAAGAUGUAUGACAGCAUCUUGGGAGCACUGCAGGGGAUGGAGGAACGCAUAGCGAAAUUCGAAUCUGGCCAAGAUCCUGUCGGACUACGCAUACCCAUUAACAAAGAUGAUGUCGCCUACUUGAUUGAGGAAGUGUGGAGAGGAAAAAGCGUCGUCACCGGCUUGGCUACACGGCUGAUGUUGGUGCGUUGGAAGCAGCCGGAGCAUGGAUUUGGUCCUGAUCCGCUCUGGGAGCAGGAAGGGCAAAGGGGAGCGCGACUUGACCUGAAAGAACUGGUUUGCAUGACCAAGGAGGAAGCGCUGCGACAUGAACGGGAAGUUCUCAAAGGUGGUAAGGCUGUCGAGGACUUAUAUGAUGAGAAAGUAAUUCGGAAAGUCGAGGAGCGGAUACGCGAGCAAGAGGUUUACGAAAGAUAUAGAUAA